CAAUUGUCAAAUGUACAAUGCUUUUUACUUUCCUCCAACAUAAACUAAAGUCUACACAACGCAAAAGACGGAGAAAGGGGGUUUUAUGAGCCAUAAAUUGUUGCAGCAACCCCAUAGUAUGGAACAAUUCUGAAAACUCGAAUCUCGAUCAAAAUUCAUCGUUAAUAUUGCCGCAAUCAAUUUCUUCUUCUUUUUUGAGGAUUUAAAAUUCUUUCUGUUGAUUUCUCUGAUCAAUUUGAACCUAUAAAUUUGAUCAUGGAUGAACAGUACAAUAAUCUUCCAACAAGCCAUUUACUUGGCUCUGUUCCAGCUGUUAUAACUGAUGAAAAGAAGGGAGAUGCUUAUAUAGUGCCCCAAGCCAAUUCGCAAAACUUCACUCAGAAUCAAGGCGGAGAUAAGGGACCAGGAUACCAGAAUCUUUCAAGUUCAAGUGCUGCAGAAGGAGGUGGGCCACCACCGACAAACAAUUGGCAGGGUAUGUUUAACAUCUACUCAUACACACAGUACUUCGAUGUGGACACAGAUAUUGUUAUCAAUAGAUUGCUGAGCUCCUUAGAUCCCAAAAGUGGUGAUUUCUUUAGCAAGAUUGAUGCAAACCCUGAUCUAUAUGGGCUUAUUUGGGUUUCCACAACGUUGGUCUUCGUAAUUGCUGCUCUUGGAAAUUUGGCUACCUACUUAAUAGGAAGUUCUUCCUGGACUUUUGAUGUCAGCUUUAUUAGUUUGGCUGCCAGUGUUGUCUAUGGAUAUGCAAUUGUAGUGCCAUUGGGAUUUUAUUUCUUGCUUCAGUAUCUAGGAUCUCCGGCCAGCAUUGUACGCUUCUGGUGCAUGUGGGGUUAUUCACUCUUCAUCCUCAUCUUAAGCUGUUUCUUGUUGGUAAUACCUUUGGAGUUCCUGAGAUGGGUGAUUAUACUCCUAGCAAGUGGCGUUUCAGCCUGUUUUGUUGCCUCAAACCUCAGGUCUUAUGUCGAGGGUAACGAUCUGAUGGUGGUUUUAAUAGCUGCAUUUCUGUUGCAGUUUGUUUUAGGACUCUUUAUCAAGGUCUGGUUUUUCACAUAGAACUACUUUUGGUAACCUGCCGACUCAUCUUUUCGCGAUAGAAGCUCUGGUGAGGGAUUUUCUUACAAACUAUUCUAACCACGCCGUGACAUAGUUUCUCUCUUCCUUUUUCAUCCAACUAUUUUUGCUGCUUAUUUUGUUGUUGGCUUGUUGCUGUUGAUAAUUGUCUGUGUUCCGAUAAAUCAAUCCUAAACAACAGUAUUAGAUAUGAGUAAUGAGUGUUUAGUGUUAGCAGCCAAGGAACUUUUUUCCUUUCUGGAUUUUUUUUUUGAAGAAUUUCUGUGUGGCUGCUACAGAUUUUGUGUACAUAGAAUUUACUUGCAGUAAGUUACUUGGUGAAGUCCAUAGUUUUGCAUAUUUGACACUCUUAUUUUCUAUCUACAGUACAAUUUGUUGCCUUGUAAUUCCUUAUUUGGCUUAUGGAGAAUAUGUUGCAUUUUUGAAAUGUAUAGAUGGAAUGAAGAAAAAGAUUAUAUAUGUUGAUGGAAAUUCAUAAAAGAUGUAGGGUUAUUUUGAAAAAGAUGAAUUAUUUUGAAAUUCAUAAGAGACGUCUAUGAGAGAUGUUAGUUAGUAGUUUGCUCCUUUUUUUUAAAAAAAAAUUUUGCUCGAAUACAAUUUAACCAAAAUACCUGCUCUAUGGUUGUUUUGAUAUGUGGGUUUGUUUUUAGAGUUUAACAUUGUAUCGGCGGUUCAAUUUGUUUUAAUAUAAUAUAAAUUCCAAUUCUAUGUGGAUUGAACAGUGGAUUUUGAAAAAAGUGACUCAAAAGUGAGAAUUUUGUUUAUUCGAGUAUUACUUUUGAGAAAAAAAAAACCUAUUCUUAUCUAUGGAUUGCAUUUGCAUUUAUUCUAAUCCAAAACAUCCCAACAAAACUAUAAAAGCCAAAUGUACAUACUUUUUAGAUUUAUGGGUAUUUGAUAAAUGGUUUUUUCUUGGUUAAGCUUUUAGCUCUGACUCUUUGGUUAGUAUUUAGUAAAUAACUUUUAAGCUAAAAUUAUAAAAUUAAAAGCUAUUUUUACUAACCUUUUCAUUAACUUUAACAUUUUGGUGUAAUUUUUUUUUUUUAACUAUUUUGCUUAAACAAAUAGUCUAACAACUAAUACUUUUAGAUAGUCAAAUCGGCCAACAAUUUUUAUCAACAACUCUGGCUAAUAGUCAUUUGUCAGGCGAACUAAAAGUUGCUCUUUUUGUUCCUUGUAGACGUGUUCAAAACAGAUCAGAUGAUUUAAUAUUUAUCUAAUCUUGUAAUCGAAUCUGAUUUGAUCAGACUUAAAAAAUAUAUUUUCAAUUAUGUAAAUACCAAAAUAGACUUAAAAUUCAAUUUUAAACUGAUCUAAAAUACAUAAUUUAAAAUCAACUCAAAAACCCAAAUAUACACUUCAUCUUGCUAGAAAUUGCAUCAUUGGCCAAAAAACUACGAUGCCGAUUACCAAUCUAUCAUAAUUACAAUUUACAUGGAACAGACAAGAAUCUUUGCCCUUAUUGAAAUUUGAGAAAUUAUUUAACUUUAUGUUGAUAGGAAACUUAUUUUUCAUAGUACCGCCCACGUAGGAUGAUUCUUUUUUUUAAAGAA